CAAUAACAUGCGGCCUUCACGGCGGCCCUCUGAGAGUUGUCGUUCACUUCACCGCGACCAACACCAUCCCAACCGAGCAAGCUGGGCGGUGCACGCUUCGCGAGCUUAUUCCAACAAGUUUCCACAAAAACAUGCUCUUAUUUGUCAUUUACUCGUUUUGUGUUUAUCUUGUUUACUCAUUCUUAACUGCCAUGGAUAGUCAUCCUGUCAUCCAUUUCGCAGUCGCCGCCCCUGGCUUACCUCAGUAUCGUGGCACUGCAGGUUCUUCAACAUUCGUUUGCGGUUUCCUCUCUAGAAUUUCCAAAGCCGGCCUCACCGGCAGCGACAUACCGGGGGUGGAUCCGGGAAAGGGAAGCUGAACUCACGCCGCAGCAGACCGAUAUCUUCCGGCCGUGAUCUACCUUACCUGAGCUUGCGGUACAUCGUGAACCACAGGGAGAAGUUAGAACAAUCCUCUGCGUCCAGUUCCUCUGCUUUCCAGCUGGCGUGUCCCCCUUCCCUCGCUCACCGCCACGCGCACCACUGCUAGACACAACUUUCAAGAACCCGGUCACCCGCGACCCGUGAAUCCCGGAUGUUCUGGAAAAGACGGGAGCUGGACACUCAGACAGCAGACUUGAAGGCACUGCCGCACUGCUGGCUACUGACGACGCUGAGGUGGUGCGGCCACUCUCCCCUCCCCACCUCGCUCCGCCCAACGCCGGUGACCCCACUACCUUAAGGGAUACUUACCAUCCGGAUUACCCUAAUGCUGAGAUCCACCUCGCC